AAAAAAAUCCUCUCAAUUUUUUGGACUACAAAUUUGUGCGUGAUUUCGUGAAGCUAAUUGAUAUAAAUACAUGAUUUGGCUGAAGUAAAUAUUGGAAUUAGUGAACGUUGAAAGAAGCAAUUUUUGUUUUCAUAUGAAAAUUUUCAGUAAACUGAGUCAGAUUAUGCAUUUUUUGGAAAUAACUAAAUGUGAAGACCGAUAGAAAAUGAUUUUAGUGAAAGAAAUCCAAAAAUCACGGAAAUAAAUAAUUAAAUAAACUUAUUAAGUGAUGAAAUAUUGAGAGAAUCUAGUGUGAGUUAUUCUCAGUUAAAUUGCAAAAGAUAAGAGCAUCUGAACAAGCGAAUGGUUUCAAUUGUAGCUACACAUACACCAGCUUAGUUGCCAAAUUUGUUGUUUAUUAUUUUAGAUUUUUUGUUACUGAAAUAUGUUAAUGAAGAAAAGAAAUCCAGAAAAUAUGGCGUAUCUCACACCUGAAUCCGAGACUUCAACUACUGCGGAUUUAUCAUGGUCGAAUCUUAUCUCGACUGACAAACCUAGAAACAUCAUCGUAAGAAUUGAUGACAUUCCAAAAGAAAUAAAUCCAGAGGAAGAACAACUUAAUGCGCCUGAUAAUUUCCACCGAAACCAUCGUGAAAGAAAAGAAUCUUUGAUGGGAACUUUUCACAGACAUUUAAGGAUGUCUCUAAAAGCAGUCAGCGAAUCACCCGGACCUCUUACACGAUAUAGACAAACAAGAUUUUCAUCGAGACGUGUACGGAAACGUGUCAUUUUUAAGCAUGGUGACGUUAAUGUAGUUCAGGGAAAGGUAUCCAAAAGACGUAGACGUUAUUUGCAGGAUAUUUUUACAACUUUAGUUGAUAUUCAAUGGCGUUGGACGAUUCUGAUAUUCGCAUUGAAUUUUAUGUUGUCGUGGUUUUUCCUAGCUUUGUUGUGGUACGCAAUAGCUGUUGCACAUGGUGAUAUCGAAUAUUUUGAUCUUAUGAGUAAAUCUAGUAACGCGGAAGAGUUUGAAAGCAAAAGUAACCACACACCGUGCGUAACAGAGAUCAAAUCUUUCCUAUCAGCUUUUCUGUUUUCACUCGAGACACAACAUACCAUUGGAUAUGGUCAUCGUUACAUUACGGAGGAAUGCCCCGAAGCAGCAUUCGUGCUAUGUUUACAAAGUAUUACGGGAGUGUUUUUCCAAGCUUUUAUGGUGGGAACAGUAUUCGCUAAGUUAUCACGCCCAAAAAAGAGAGCUCAAACAUUAUUGUUCUCACGAAACGCAAUUAUUUGUCAUCGAGAUGGGGUGCCAUGCUUAAUGUUUCGAGUUGGUGAUAUGCGUAAGAGUCAUAUUAUUGAAGCUCAUGUGAGAGCACAAAUAAUAAGGAAAAAAGUCACAAAGGAAGGUGAAUUGUUGCCUUUCUUCCAAGAAGAAUUAGCAGUAGGAGCUGACGGAUCCGAUGAUCGGUUGAUGUUUAUUUGGCCUACUUUGAUUGUACAUAAAAUUGAUGAAAACAGUCCUUUGUAUGAUUUAACAGCUCAAGACAUGAUAAAGGAUCGUUUUGAAAUCGUAACAAUGCUAGAAGGAGUCGUCGAAAGCACCGGAAUGACUACACAAGCAAGAAGCAGUUACCUGCCGUCAGAAAUUCUUUGGGGGCACCGGUUUGAGUCAGUUGUUCAGUUUAAACGAGAAACAGGCGAAUACGAGGUCGACUAUACCCUUUUCAAUAACACUUACGAAGUUGAUACUCCAUUGUGCUCAGCACGUCAAUUAAAUGAAGCGAGAGCUGAGACUCAACUACAGCAAGGUGAAAUAGAUCAGUUCAAUCCAGCAUUUAAUAUUCAUCCAAUUCCAGCAUCAAUUUCCUUAGAAACACCCAAAGAUUCAGACAAUACAAAUGAUUUUAACCUUCCAAAUGGAGAACUUCCAAAUCAAUCUCAAACAUCGUCUUCAUCAUCAACAACUUUACCGAUUUCGCCCGACGAAAAAAAGCCAUUAACACAAAUCGUAAUUCCAAAACAGAAAUCAAAAAAUGAUGGUAAUCUCAGCUCGUUAGAUAAUGUGAUAAGCAAUUUGCCUCUCACAAUAGUUCCGAGUAUUGCUAAAAAUUUAUCUUCCCAAGCAUCGGAAAAUUUAAGAAACCGCACUUUGCGACCAGGCACAGCAAAGAAAUAUCGAAAGCGAGCGAUUCUCAAAAAUGGCGAGUGCAAUAUAGUGCAGUCAAAAUUAUCCCAAAAGCGAUUAAGAUUCCUCCAAGACAUCUUUACGACAUUCGUUGAUACUCAAUGGAGAUGGACUCUACUUACAUUUGGCUUGAGCUUUAUUUUAUCGUGGCUCUUUUUUGCCGUUAUUUGGUGGCUGAUUGCGUUCACUCAUGGGGAUUUUGAAGAGUCCCAUCUUCCUGAUAAUCAAGCUGAUAGCGGUUGGAGCCCAUGCGUGUAUAAUAUUCAUAGUUUCACGUCUUGUUUUCUCUUCAGCAUCGAAACCCAACAUACAAUCGGUUAUGGCGUACGCACGACUACUGAAGAAUGUCCCGAAGCUAUCUUCAUAAUGUGUUUCCAAAGCAUUUACGGAGUUAUGAUUCAAGCUUUCAUGGUUGGCAUCGUUUUUGCUAAAAUGACUCGACCAAAACAUCGAACACAGACCCUUCUGUUUUCGAAGUACGCUGUUAUUUGUCAACGUGAUGGCGAGUUGACAUUAAUGUUUAGAGUAGGGGACAUGAGGAAAAGUCACAUCAUUGGUGCAAAUGUACGAGCGCAGUUGAUAAAAACCAAAUUGACGAGAGAGGGUGAAAUUAUCGGUCAGUAUCAGACAGAACUUGACAUUGGAACUGAUGGAUGUUCGAGCGAUUUGUUCUUCAUUUGGCCAAUGGUUGUUUGUCACAAGAUAAAUGCAACUUCUCCGCUUUACAAUAUGUCUGCGAGCGAUUUACUCCAACAAGAACGUUUCGAGAUUGUCGUGAUUUUAGAAGGAACUGUCGAAUCCACAGGUCAAACAACACAAGCACGAAGCAGUUACUUAGCAUGUGAAAUACUUUGGGGUCAUAGAUUUGAGCCAGUUGUUACUUAUAAUCGCGAAAAGCAAGGCUAUGAAAUUGAUUAUUCAAAAUUCAAUGCCGCACAGCAAGUAGACACACCUUUGUGUUCUGCUAGAGAGCUGACAGAUUAUUAUAAGCUUCAGGAUGAGCUGAAAACUCCAGUCGACGUGAAAUUCUCAAUAGGUCCGAAAAAUGAAUGAAAUGUGUGUCAAAUGUGUUUGUGUAUCGUUUAAAGUUUAAUGUCAUAGAGAUCAGAAUCUUAUCAGCACUUGUAUGAUUUCAAAAGGUUUCCUGAACUUUUCUCUAUGGAUUCUUUUAAUAAGUCACCAUUUCUAAAUGAACAACUCAAAUCACGAUCACACAAUUAUCUAAUAGCAAAGCAAAGCAGAAGGGGAGAAAAAACUAUAUCACUCUCUUCAGCAUCAUAAAUUUAAUUUCAUUUUCAUUCUUUUCCUUUAAUUAAUAAUUAUGAUUAUACAUCAUUAUUCUUUAAAAAAAUAUGUUGUAAUUUAAAUUGCAUAUGAUCGAGAAACAAAGUGUACAUUGUUAUAAAACAAGGCGAUGAAAUUAAGAUUGAAAAUGUUACACAAAGAAGGAUCAUUAAUGAUGCAUCAUCAAUGGUGGUGAAGCUGACCAACAAGUUAAGAAACGUUAAUAAAGUCAUAAACAUAAUAAAAAGAUUUAUUGCCUUUUUAAUGUUGUGGGACGAGUUGAGUGAGACCAGGGAAAAGAAAACCAGAUAUUAAAUGAAG